AUGCCAAAGGAAAAAGUAGCUGAAGAAAAAGGAACACAUGUAGAUGAAGCAAAACCAAGUGAACAAAAGGUGAAUGAGGAAUCAAAAAUAAAACCACCUCCUCCUUUCCCACAGAAAUUCAAGAAACAAAAAGAGGAGAAUGUUUUGGGCAUUUAUAAGUUUGCCAAAUAUGUGAAAGAUGUGGUAGCCAACAAGAGUAGAUUAGCUGAGUAUGCAACAGUAGCACUCAUGGAGGAGUGUAGUUCUAGGAUCCAAAAUAGGCUCCCAAUUAAGUUAAAAGAUCCAGGGAGUUUCACUGUGCAGAUACAAAUUGGCAAAUGUGUUGAGGCAAGAGAUUUGUGCGAUUUGGGUGCAAGUAUCAAUUUAAUGCCUACUUUCAUGUUUCUCAAAUUGGGACUAGCAAGACCCAAGCCCACAACCAUUAUGUUGCAGUUAGCGGACCUUUCGAUGUCAAGGCCAGAUGGCGUUAUUAAAGAUGUUUUGGUUCAAGUGGGAACUCUGAUUUUCGCUUGUCAUUUUGGAUUUUGA